CCCUUUAUUUACCCGCGGAAAGGAUGACGAAACACGCUAUUAAACCCGUUAUUUUUCGAGAAGAUCAAGUGGUCUGUUCUUUACAGCUAUGAAGCAUGUGAAGCAUACUAGAUUCUCGCGCGUAAUUUCUAUCUAACUAGUCCAGCUAUAAAAAAUAGACCAAAGGUUGUCCAGGUUAGACCCCUUAUUCUUGUGCGGAAGCUCCGAGCUGUCAGAUUGUCGGAUGUAGUAGGUGACAGUGCGUCAGCGUUGCACAAUAUCAUGUCUGGUGGUGUGUAAACGAUGCGGCUGGUACGAGCGUUCGUCUAUCUGUUUGCGCUCGUCUCCGCGGCGAGAUGUAGCGACAUAACGCCCGCCGUGUUCGGCAACGUGCUGGACGGCAUGCCGGCCGCGUUCGGGGACUUCAACUCCGACGAGUUGACGGACGUGUUCAUGCUGCGCAAGAACGGCAGCAUAGUGGAGAUAUUCCUCGCGGCCGAUCAGGAGCCGCUGCUGCGGCCCGGACCGGAUCUGAACUGUUCGUUCAAGGACCACGUGACCAGCGUGGUGCCCGGCGAUUUCGACGGCGAUGUCUUCAUGGAUAUCCUAGUGACGACCUACAACAGGAAGCACCGUGCCACAUUCGUGCACAUACUGUGGGGUGGAAACGGCCACCUGAACUGCAGCAACGAGUGGAACCCGCUGAUAGAGAUGCGCGAUCAGCCGUUGGCGUUGGACUACAAUCGCGACAUGAUAAUCGAUCUCUUCGGGGUGGACAAGGACGGCAACAGGACGUUCUGGGUGUUCAAUCAGAACCGAACCACCCCGCGUGCCAUCCCGAUGAGCGGGCCGAAGCAGCUGGAGCCCGUGAGGAGCCCGCACUCCAACGCCUUCCUGGACUUAAACAGUGACUUCUUGCCGGACCUCGUGGUGACCACUAAGACGUCCUUCGAGAUCUGGAUGGGCACCGAGCAAGGAUUCGAGUACUCCCACGAGAUCGGCUUGCCGUACAACAUCAUCGUCGACAAGAACUUCAAGGGUGAGAUCGGCCAGACUCUCUACCUGGACGUCGAACUGACCGGCAAGAUGAGCCUGCUGCUGCCGCUGUGCUUCGACGCGAGCUGCAGCAAUUGCACGAUCAUGAUGUUCUCCAACAACAGCUGGCACAACCUGCGGGUGAACUUCCGCGACUCCAACAACGUGCAGUGGGGCUUCGUGAAGCCGGACGGCCACCGUUACACGGAGACCAUCACCCUGCGCGGCGGGGAUUUCAACAUGGACGGCUACCCGGACGUAUUGGCGACUCUGCAGCAUUCCAACGAGCACGUGCAGUCCUUCCUGCUGCAGAAUGUGGCGUGUAACAACUGCGCCGGCUUCAACCGCACCUACGAGGUCAAGUGGCAGGCGUUGAACCCGUUCUACAACGAGACCGUGAUGGCGGUGUUCUACGAUUUCUACCAGGACGGUAUCCUGGACGCCAUCUUGGUAGACUUCGACAAGACCAACAAGAUGUACCGUACCGCGGCGUUCAAGAACAGCCUCGACUAUGACGCGAACUUUGUCAAGGUCAUGGUGCUGACGGGUCGCACCAACAGCAUGUACCCCAUCUCGCCGGGCUCGCUCGGCAAGAAGAAGAGGACGUACGGUACCAAUCUACCGGGGCCGUCGAUCGCUUACAGGACGACCACGCAGGAGGGCAGUCCUCGCAACGCGAUCGCCGCCCAGCUGCCGCAGAGCGCGCAUUUCUCCCUCAAUCUGCCCUACACCACCUUCGGCUUGGGCAGAACGCCCAACUUCGUCGACGCUCUUACGAUAGGGGUUGGCGGCAAGUCGCGCGAGUGGCCGCAGAUCAUUCCGAAUUCUCAGAUGGUCGUGAUACCAAACCCGAUCGCCGAGCCGUCCAGGUGGAAAGCCCAGCUGUUCGUGACUCCCAGUAAGCUGAUCUUGCUGAGCGCGGCCGCCCUGGGCGCCACUUGCGUCUUGAUCACGGCCAUCAUCUUGGGCCUCUACUGGAAGGAGAGAAGGGAGGACAAGAUCGAGAAGCUGCAGGAAGCGCACAGGUUCCACUUCGACGCGAUGUAAAGAACCCAGGUUCGCCGAGGGGAACGCGAGAUCACUCAUAUGUUUAAGGCUUAUUUAAGAUAUCAGUUUAUUGAUAUCAUUAAUUAUUUCAUAAAUAAAUCGCGCUUAAAAUUCUA